CUGUUUUCUUAUAUCCUUUGCGUCUUUUUUGACUGCAACACCGCGACCCCAACCUUCCCACCACGCUCCACUCACCCUCUCGGUCCUCCUCCUCCCUCUCCAGGGUCGUGCAGAUUCGCAUUAAACAAAAAAAAACCAAGGAUUACCGCAAACAUGUCGCAUCGACCCGCAUCCCGCCUCUUCAAUGCCUUCAAGCCAAUGUUCCGCCAGCCGCUCCUCCGGCGACGAGUGCAAACGGCCGCCGCCCCCGAGGAGGCAUCAGGCUUCGCAAAGUUCUGGAACAGCCCUGUCGGUCCCAAGACCGUCCACUUCUGGGCUCCGAUCAUGAAAUGGGGACUCGUCCUCACCGGUGUCUCCGAUUUCACGCGCCCCGCCGACCAGCUCUCCCUCACACAGAACUUGGCCCUCACCUCCACCGGCGCUAUUUGGACCCGAUGGUGCUUCAUCAUCAGGCCCAAGAACAUGUUCCUUGCCGCUGUCAACUUCUUCCUCUUCAUCGUCGGUUCCACCCAGGUUGCGCGUAUCCUCAUGUACCAGCAGAGCUUGAAGAAUGCUGGCGAGGAGAUCAAGGCUGAGGGAAAGGAGCUUGAGGGUGAUCUUAAGGCGGCGGAGAAGAAGGCAGAGCAGGUUGUCAAGUCGUAGAAGCUGGCCGCACUUGGGUGUAAAGGUUACAUGUGUUGAAGAUAGUGGGUCAGGGAAAAACACAUAUUCAUUGAGCUACAUGCAUCAAUCAUGACAGAAGUUGGCGUCGCUGUUCACUGGCUGCGUUAGGGUAGUCAUUUGGGUUUGAUUGCGGAUAUAUUUGUACAAUUCAGACCGUUUUCUAUGACGCGAUGCCUCCUUCAAUCCUUUCCAAAGGGUUGCAAGCCUUAAUGCCUAUCGAACGGGUGAACAUGUGCACGAUUCAUACUGAUGCACAUUAGAAGGCUUAUUUACGAUCAAAAGAUCUAUCAUUAAUUUCAUCAGCCUCUAAUAGGCGGGUAUCUGCUAUUAAGAUCAUUAACGCCGCCUCGUUAAGUAAACCGUUACAAUCUUAGGGGUAUAUGUACGCUUCUUCAUCGAAAUCGCGCAAACAAAAG